CCCCCCCGCCGCCCCCACCCUCCCCUCCACCGAAGACGAAAGUCCUCGUGCACAGUUGCUGUGAUCGGCAGAGGUAUCCGUGGGGUGCUCGAUGAAAACGGAGAACAUGGUGGCGACAAAACGAGCGGGCACGUCAACUUCAACUCUCCUUUUGGCGGCAACGGCAGCGUUCUCUAUUCUCCCGCAGGAGACAAGAGCUUACAGCGGUACCGUUCCCAUAUUCCCUGACAUCGCCGCGGGGAAGAGCAAAGCGGCGGCGGUGGCCUACGAGGCUCAGUGCAGAAAAAGGCCAACAGUAUUUUCUCCCAAAGCAGUGAUACGGGCUACUGACCUAACGAAGGUUUUCGACACUCAUCACAUUUUUUUUAAGGACGAGCACGUGACAGCGCUAGAUGGAGUUACCGCUGAUAUCCACGGGCCGGGAUCGGUGGCCUUGGUGGGGCCUUGGAACUCUGGGAAGUCAACCUUCCUCAAAUGCCUCGCCGGUCUCGAAGCCCCGACGUCCGGUGACAUCACGGUGAGCGGUCUCCGCAAGCCCGUCUAUGUCGGCCGAGCCAUCACCAGCACCACCGGAAAGACGGUCCGGCAGCUCCUGAGGGGGGAAGUAGCGUCCCACCUCCCGGGCAAGAACAACGGGCGUCAGGUAGAGCUGACGACGAACACUCUGCUCGGAGCGCUGGAGCUGCACGGGGUCAGCCUUACAAAGGACCGGCAAAUGAGGGACCUGAGCGGGGGGGAGGUCUACCGGUUCGCGAUGGCGAUGGCGCUAGCUCGGGGCUGCGGCUCCCCGACCCCCCCUGUGCUGCUGCUGGACGACAUGUUUGACAGGAGCGACAAGAGGGUGAGGCAGGGGGUCGAGUUCACUCUCUUCGACCUCCAGAAGAAGCUGGGCGUCAUGCUCAUGUUUACUGCCCCGGGAAACGACGCCGUAGUGCAAGAGUUGGGUCGCCAGGUGGCCGAGUUCUCGGAAGGAAAGAUCGAGGAGGUGACGGUACACGAAAAAUCCCGCUACGCCCGCCAAAUGUUCGAGCUGAUGCGGCGAGAUAUCGAAGAGCAGGCUCGCCGCUUCCGGAGGCAGAGCGAAGCCGACUCGCUCGCGAGUUUCCUUACCUUCGCCUGACUUGACGAUGGACCGGGUGAUAUUUCCAACGCCCGCCUUGACGAUGGACGGGACGGUCUACGUGAUCUACGAAGCUCCUGACUUGACGAUGGACCGGGCGAUCUACGUGAUCUACAAUGCUCGUGACUUGACUUGACGGUGGACGGGAAGAUCUAUGUGAUCUACCAAACUCGGCGGCACGCAUAGUCAGGUGGAGCCCGGGGACGGCAUACACCUGAAAGUCGGAAGGAAUGACGGUAGUGUGGACAAUGCGUGCGUGUGUGUCUUGCGUACAGAUCCUUGGAUUGCCAAGUUGGAAGUGGUCGCCGCUGGUUUUUAACACUGUGCGCGAGGCGUUUUCUAUGACCGUUGUUGGAGGUGUUGUAGAUACUCGAUUGUCGUUGACAUGUCGCAAUGCUCCGUUUUUCGUCGCUCUCACCAUUGAGGAGAGUGGGCUAAGAGAGCAGCUGCUUAGAUUAGAGCCCGCAGUAUUUUUGAAUACGUUGUAGGAGUAGAUGGUUAGUGAUCGAGGCAUGCAUUCGAGCUUGCGGGCCGAUUUGGACGUAGUUUUUUUUUUUUUUUACGAGAGGGGGGCGUGGAAGUGAAGGUGAUUCACCUCUAAGCCGGGACGGAUCAAGUCGGAAUUGCCCCGAUCUGACAGGGGGGGAAAGGUACCUGUUGUUGAUAGGUCUUGUCUGUUGGUACUUCUGGUCGGGUUUUUCUCUGUUAUGUCUUCAUGUGUCUGAUUCCAACCAUUUUCUUUUUCGCGUUGUCACACGUGGCGGUUUUGAACGACUGUCGUUCAGCGGCUUUUCAUUUAUUUCGGACAACAAUUUUCUCGAUCCACUCCGCUGCGUCCUCGGAAAUGCAGCUCAAGCCACGCUUAGGCAGUGAUAGGCAACUCGGGGGAAUUCUAUGUUCGGAUGGGACUGGGUGCUUGCUCGUCUUGUCAUGAGGUUCACUGGCUCACUUUCAAGCAUUUUGGAACGCCGGCACGAGGGUGAGGGUGGCUUCAACAAGCGAUCGCGACUUUUAACGGUAACCGUUUUCCCGUUUUCUAUCGUAGAGGUGCCAGCCUUCCCUCCACCCCUUCUGCUGUCGCGUGUGUGCCCGCUGGGGCUCAGACGAGGCAGUACGCAGUCGUUGGGUACUUCAAAACGACAUGGGGUGGUGUAGAAGGGCGGAGUUGUCGUCACGAUGGAUCAUGUCGUGUUUGGACGUUUGGCGUCGCAUCCCUGCAUAGCGGGGCAUGGGUAAGAUUGUAGCAUUGUUGUCGUUUCAGCAGCGAGGCGUGAUGCACGCGCUCAUCCUACGUGCUGGCGGAAGAGGUUGGUCGAAGAAUUCGGCGCCGUGUCUUUGGCUGACACAAAGAAAAGAUGAUUAUGGCAUCAUCACAACGAUCGGGGCGGGGUCGUCUGGUGAUUGAGCUGACGUAACGCUGUGGAAAGUUCGUUCGUGGAAAGGGCGUCUGGGUCUAGCAUCACCCGAAGGGAAUCGGCAACACCACACGGCUGCAUGUCUGGCGUCAGCUGGACAGUGGGGUUGUGGCCCGGACUAAUGUACUACCGUGUUUUUGAAGACGGGGUGUGAUGGAGAGAACGACCUUUUUUGCGGUUUUGGGAUGAUUGGCUAAAUGCUCAGCAAGCGAUAGGCCUCGGACAAGGUCGCACGCUGCCACCAAACAAUGAAAACGCUUGCGAGAUCGGACAGGAAGGAGAUUUGCUUGUUGCUGAUGUACGGUUGGGCGCUGGUAGAUGAAAGCAGCAACGCUAGUGGGUACAAGGAGGGCGCUAGAGGAUGAAAGCAGUUGCUCUCUCUACGACGAGAGACCAGACGUUACCCCAAUGAAUGGACGUCGAUGGAAGAGUACAUGUUAACAACGAUGGCCCAGUGAUGUAUACCAGAUGUACCAGAUCGUUCGUGGACAGACGCCAUAUGCAAAGGCGG